AUGACUUCACCAUCAUCAAAAGUUGGGACGCCUGUGCCUUCCAACCAGCAGCCACCCUCUACUUAUCAAAGUUCUACCACUUUCGGAAGCACUACAUCGAGUAGUGAUUGGACUGUAAAUGCGAACAAAUGUUUGCCAUUAUAUGCUAGACCCCAGAUGCGUACCCCCACCAUGCAAUCGCAUAACCUGACGAACAGCGUCUCCUCAUCCGUUGCAUCGCGUCCUUACAGUUCUAGCUCAAAUAAUCAGCCUGAAAGUAACAUGCUUUUCAAUCAACUUGCUGCUCAACUGCUGAUUCAACAACAGGGAGCUUCUACAAAUCCAUCGGUGCAAUCUUAUUAUCCAUCUCCGUCCUAUACUGAUCCUGCUAUCAUUGGAAUGGGCCAUUUGUCAACUUCUGCCACUGGUAAUGGAACUUCUACGCCAACUUUACCCCCUGUUAAGCCUGCGUACUCAAAUCCAUAUCAGGGUGCCAGCAAUGAGUAUGAGUCGCUGAACUCAUUAUUGAACAGCUCAUUCGGUCAUCAUCAGAAUGGAGACUUCAGUAUGCCUCAUGCCAAUGCGAGCGCAUUUGCUCCACCGCCUGGAUUUGGAGGAGUUGCAACCUCGCAGAGUGCGGGCAUGGGUGGUGCCAAUACGACGGUGCCUCCACCAUCACUUAGGCCUUACUAUAAUACCCAGUUGCCACCUCCUGCUGGACUUCCACUCCAGCCAUCUCAGCACGCCUCGUUUGCCACUUUCAAUAGUUUUGCAGCCAACACAGUAAUUGGAUGUCAUCCACUCACGGGAAGCAGACUGGCAGUUUGCAGCAGCAAAUGCCUUGGUGGAAUUAGGCCACCUUGA